UCUCUCAUGGCGGAAGUGGCCGCGGCGGCCUGGGCCGUUGCUAUGGUGACAGCGGGACCGAGGUCGCGGCCUAGGCUAUGGCGGAGCCGAGGUUGACCUCGGCCUCGAAGCCGCCGGGGAGCGCCUCCAGCUCGGGUCGCGCGUACAGCCUGCGGCCGGCUUUCCGCCACAAAUUCCGCUCUCCUGUCGUGAAAGAGUGCAUCCAUGAGGUGUUAAAGGAGGAGCUAGCUGGUGUGCAGUACAACCCUGAGGAAAUCCCUUCAAUCACCAAAUUUUUAUCAGAGAAAAUCCGAAACGCCUUGAAAGAAAAAGGAUUCCUCCGAUACAAAAUAGUGGUACAAGUGGUGAUCGGCGAGCAGAGGGGCGAAGGAGUGAACAUGGCUGCCCGAUGCUUCUGGGAUGCAGACACAGACAGCUACGCUCAGGAUGUUUUCAUGAACGACAGCCUGUUCUGCGUGGCGGCUGCCUUCGGCUGUUUCUACUACUAAGGCCAAGAGAAGAACGUCAGGAAGGAGUCGUCGUUCCGGAGAGACCCAUGAAACCAGCUGCACUUGCUUCUUCAGACCUGUGGAUUCUCCCUUGCGCAAAACACGCUUGUUUUUGUGUGAUCUUGAAAAUAUUCCAGACUGAUUCUGCGACAGCUUUUAGGCCGAGUGAGGACAACGUCUGUCAGGAAGUUCUUCUAUGCAAGCCCGUAUUCAGUUGUGCUUCUGCAAGAGAACUUCCUGAUGGAUUGAGCCCAGUUGCUUACAUAUGUCUGAUAACUGGUCCGAAAGGGGACCAGUCCUGAUACAGUCAUCACUUGCAGAUGCGCUAUGUAUUUAAACUGCUAUAAAGAAUCCCAGCCAGUGAGAAAACCCUAAAUACUUUGUGAGAAAUGUAACAUAGUUCAUUGUAUAAUUUUCAUUUUUUUUAAAAAAAAACGUAUU